AGAACCUGCAGUAGGAAGGCACACUCAAACAGAAAGAAAAAAACAAUAAUCAGCAAUUAUGACCAUUAGGGUUGUAACACAUGCCUCAAAGCUUAAGAUUUAGGGGUAACAUCACUACUUCUUUCUUUAUUUCUUUCUUUAAGUUCUCAGUUUCUAGUGAGACCCGAACAGAAUCAAGAGUGUCUGAACAGUGGGCAGUCCUUAUAAAGGCGCUAAACAGGUGGCUAGAGGACCACCAGCGCCCCCCUUUUAUGAAAUGAAAAUGUUCUCCUAAAAUUCAUCACCAACAACCAGGAUAUUUAUCAAAGAGCAGUGUUAAACUGCUGAAAGAGGUGAAGCACAAGCCAUCCUGAAGAAUCUCCAGAACACACUGAAACAGUUUGCUACAUUUAACAGACAAUUGAAGCCAAGUCCCGACAUGGAGAAACAUCAGCACUCUGUCAAGAGUUUUACUAAACAGAGUGAUCUCAAAAAACACCAGCGCAUUCACACAGGAGAGAAACUGUAUCACUGCUCGGACUGUGGGAAGAGUUUUAAUCAUCAGAGUAAUCUCAAAAAUCACCAGCGCAUUCACACAGGAGAGAAACCGUAUCACUGCUCAGACUGUUGGAAGAGUUUUACUCAACAGAGUCAUCUCAAAAAACACCAGCGCAUUCACACAGGAGAGAAACCGUAUUGCUGCUUAGACUGUGGAAAGAGUUUUACUGAACAGAGUGCUCUCAAAAAACACCAGCGCAUUCACACAGGAGAGAAACCGUAUUACUGCUCAGACUGUGGGAAGAGUUUUACUGAACAGAAUAGUCUCAAAAAACACCAGCGCAUUCACACAGGAGAGAAACCAUAUUACUGCCCAGACUGUGGGAAGAGUUUUACUGAACAGGGUGCUCUCAAAAAACACCAGCGCAUUCACACAGGAGAGAAACCGUAUCACUGCUUAGACUGUGGGAAGAGAUUUACUGCAGAGAGUCAUCUUAAAAUUCACCAGCGCAUUCACACAGGAGAGAAACCGUAUUACUGCUCAGACUGUGGAAAGAGUUUUACUGAACAGAGUACUCUCAAAAAACACCAGCGCAUUCACACAGGAGAGAAACCGUAUUACUGCUCAGACUGUGGGAAGAGUUUUACUGAACAGAGUACUCUCAAAAAACACCAGCGCAUUCACACAGGAGAGAAACCGUAUCACUGCUCAGACUGUGGGGAGAGUUUUAAUCAACAGAGUAAACUCAAAAAACACCAGCGCAUUCACACAGGAGAGAAAACUCCAUCCAUGCAAUUAAAAGUGCAAAUCGUAAGUCUUUCAGACAGAACACCUUAUCCUACACAAAUGUUUCACUUUGUCACUUGGGACACGUUCCACCAGAAACAAACAUGAACUGAAUUUAACAAUGGAUUUUACAGGUUCAGCAAAAUGAAUCUUACCCAGGGAUCAUGUUUAUUGAAUUCCAUGUUAUGUUUUCUCGUAUGUUCGAUAUUCCAGGACAUUCUUUGUGAGACAGAGCUGAGCUUUUAAGGUAGUUACGGUAAAGUUACGGUUAAGUUCUGAAGAAUGGAAAAAACGUAGUCUUUAAAAUUUAGAUUUCAUAGUGAGUAGGAUUCCUAGCUGGCAACUAAAUGUUUUGGACCAAACCUUCAGAGCUUAUGAUUUUAAUCCCCUUUCUAGUAUAUGCAGAUUUGAUUAUUUCUAUGAAUUUCUAGUAUCUCUUUUUUCACUCUGUGGAAGCCGUCCUCAGUUCCCUAAGCUUAGCAUAGCUUAGCUUAAUACUAUUAACCGCUAGGCCCAUCUGCAUGAAAGAAGAAGUGAAAACACCAGCUGAGGAAUUCCAGAGAGAGUGCUCCCAAAAGUGAGACCCAGAGCCGCAGAGAGACGACACUGUGCCGGGUACUGCCGUGUGGACCGGAGGAGCAUCCAGACUCUGCAGAGAGGCCAACAAAAUCCUUUCCAGAGGUUAAAUAAAAUGCUCAAGCUGUAGUUACUCUCUUUUCUUUUCCUUAUUGAAUAUUAUAUGUUGCUGAAGGUUUUUUAAUCUCCAAAUUUAUUAAGAAUAUCCAAAUCAUGUAGUUUCUUGAUUGUUUUUAUCCUCUACAAACUAUUAUCUUUAUAUUGCUUCACCUCUAUAUUUACUCAUCUGUGUGUUUUAAUAAACUAUUUUUAUAUUGCA